AUGUUUUCUAGAGUCAUAAACAAGCACUGUUGUCGAGGCUUAACGUUUCGUCGGUUUUAUGUAAACGGUAGUACUCCUCCACUGCAUUUUGGUAACCCAAACUAUACACCUCCAACCUACAAUGAAACCGUAUCACCACCACAACCAAUAAACCCAGCAAAUACGCCUCCAAAUAGCCAGGUUCCUCCACCAUUUCAUGAUUCUGCUACCAAAAACCACAGAUCUAUGAAAGACUUCACUUCCUUCUUAGCCAUGUGUGCAUUAGCGUAUUUUGCCAUAGACAAUUAUAUCAACAGAAUCAAGCUAGAGAAACUUAAUAUCGAAACCACGGCUAUCAAUCUCAAAACCCUACAAGCCCAGCAGGCCAAUUUUUUAAAUGCUAGGAAAAAAAGAGAUCUCCAGAUCUUACAGGAAAGAAAGGACCAGGAUAAGAGAAAUUUCAAAAUGGGCUUACAUAUAGCCUUCUUAAGGAAGCAAUUGGUCGAUUUGGGUGUCGAUCCUGUAGAUAUAGAAACGGCCGUCAAAGAAUUCGAAAAGAGUGUUCGGGCUGAUAAUUCAAUAAAGAACGUUAGUGGUCAAUCAUUGUGGCUAGACGACAAAUCUCGUAUGUAUUCAUUUAUUCAGUACUCAAGAAAGCAUUUCUUACUAACAUCUUCUAGCCUUGAAAUUAUAUUUGCCAGAUGCUCAUGA